CAAAUCUACAACUACAACUGCAAAGGCGAACCCCCUCAUCGAGACAGCGCGGGAGACUACACGCCCACGCCUCGACGACACUCUCGCCCAACAUGGCCGAGCCACCACAGAAGCGGUUCCGGUACGCCACCUACACCGAGAAGCUGAACAACAUCUCGGUCGAUGUCGGCAAGCGUAAGGGCCUUUCGUGGGAGAAGGAGGAGUUUGGAGAGGAUGAGCAGAGCAAAACGCCGUUCACCGUCGAGCUCGCCCGCCUCGAGCUGCACGACCUCACCCUCCCGUACCAGGAGCUCUCGCGCGCACUCGCCCCGCUCACGCCCACGCUCCCGAUGACGCUGCACAACCUCAGCGCCAUCUUCGACAUCUUCUUCGCCUUCUUUGCCAAGCUCAAGGACGGCGAGGACCAUGUCAACUCGGGCCUCGACUCGGCCCUCUCCCUCCUCCAGGCGCUGUACGAGACUGUCCUCGGGGAGGCGGUUCCAUUCGCUCCUGAAACAGCCAAGCAUAUCACGAGGGUAGGCGCGCUGCGAGCCCUCGAGCCCAAGCUCGUCGAGCGCGCAUACUCGACCCUCUCGCUCGUGCUCCGUGUCCUCGCGCCGAACCUCCUCAAGCUCGGCGGCGAGGCGACCCUCCGCGCGACGUGGGCCGCCGUGACUCCCUACCUCCGCCCUCACGAGAACAAGGCGUACGUCCGCAAGUGUAUUGCCGAUGCCUGGGCGGGUGUGCUUCGCAAGGCGCGUGGCGAGGCCCUCCAGCGCCUGAUGCGCGUCCUGCUCGAGGAGGACACCGAGGGCAUGGAGGCCGUGUGGGCCAACAGCAUGAAGGGAACCAGCCAGCACCUGCACUCUCGGGCGCUCCCGAUCUUCACCGCCCUUCUCGACGAGCUCAUUCUGAGCCCAACAGAGGAGCACACCGCUACCCUCAGGCACGUGUCUACCGCACUGGUGCACCACUGCUCGUCCAGCGCCACGGAGCCACUCGUUGAGGCUGUCUUGGCGCGCCUGGCCAGCGGGGCGGCAGCUUCGUCGUCAAAGUCGACGAUCGACUACGCCACGUCUACUGCUAUGCUUGACAUUCUCUGCGCAUUCCUCAUGACUCGCAAGGGCAAGCGCUUCCCUUCGGCUCAGCUCAAGCCAACCAUGAUCAAGCUCCAGGGUCUCAUCCCCCAGGUCAAGGCUUCUGUCGAAAAGUCGUCAUCAGAAGAGCUGGCGGCCAAGUGGCGCCGCGCCGUCGUCUCGGCAAUCGUGGGCAGCCUGAAUGCAGGCCACCUGGCCGAGUGGCUCAGCCCCGGCGUCUCCCUCAUUGAGGCCCUGUGGUCGGCCCUUCCCACCCCCGAGGCCUUCGCCUUUGUCAACAUGUCCAUCGCGUUCAAGUGGGCUGGUAUCGAGCAGUUCCUGCUUGCUCACAUCUCCCACACGGCCCUCACUGGACUCUCGACGGAUCCCCUCCCAACCCUGGUGCUGCUCAACAACCUCGCCAGCGCAGGCUUCCUCUCGGGCGGCCUGUCAAAUGUCCAGGGUGGACGAUGGCGCCAGGCUCUGGUGACCAACCUCGCCAAGCUCCUGAAGAGCGUCCGCGACGGCGACCUUGAACUUGCCGACCGCCGCAUCCUGGGUCAGAUCCUCCGCCUCAUCCCCUCCCUCGCUGGCGAGAGCCAGCACUUCAUUGACCACCUGAUGGCGAUCCUUGACCGGCUGAACGUCGCUGCCUCAGACUCGGAUGCAGAGGGCAACUGGGAAAAGGCUGGUAUGUGGAACGACGCCCACGUCGUCGGUCGUAUCCUGAGCAGUGUCUACGACCUCGUCCUCCGUGGCCCUACCGCCGUCAAGGACAAGUUCAAGACCUACUGGACCUCAAACCACUUGCCAAACGUCCUUGUGGCGAGGUAUCACUGGAACCGGGAGAUUCUGGAGCAGACGGCUGCGUUUGUUGAGCACUGGCCGGAAGUGGCACGGUUGGAAAACGCCAACGUCGAGCGUCUCCGUCUCAACAUCCUGUCUGCCGACUCGUCACUUCGACUGUCGUCUCUCAAGAUUCUGGUCACGGAUGCUCGCGACAAAUCGAAGGAUGUGGAAGCCAUCUGGCAGGCGUGUCUUGCCGUCGAGUCAGCGGAAAUGUCGCUCAAGAACGUUCGUGAUCGCACAACGCAGAUCGCUCGCCUGAGCAGGCAUCUCUCAUCCCUCUCUGGUGACCUCGAAGAGAGUAUCGCUGCCACGGUCAAUUCGUCGAUCUCGUACCUGGUUGCACAGCUCAAGGUCAACUUCCGCCCCCUCUGGAGCGAAGCGGUCACCGCCUUGACCGCUCAGGUGCCCGCGCACGGAAACACCAUCUGGACGAUCAUCUGGGAGGAGCUACAGAAGACAAUCACUGCCACCAAGGCCGUUGUGCCAGACCUGGGCGUCGAGUACCCCGAGUGGACGACACAGCGGGUCGAGGCCGAGGAGGAGGAGGAGGCGGGCGAGGAGGAUGUCGAGUUCAGGUGCACCGCCCUUGCCAAGGGCCGCGCCAACGUCUCCAAGGCGUGGCAGCAGAACGACGAUGUUGCUCCCUUGGACGUUGCAGAGAUCUCGAUUCAAAUCUCGCACGAUCGCCUCGACGUUCUGAGCUACGAGUCGCAGCUCCUCGCUACGCUAACAGCCAACCCGUCCCUGGCGGAGAAGCACACUCGUUCCAUUGUUCCCGUGGUCCUGGCCAUUGCCGGCGCCUCUGCCGACGAGGCGACCGUUGAGCUCGCCCACCUCUCCACUCGCCAGCUGCAGGGACGUACCACCAACUUCCUGGAGCUCUUGGUCAAGUUUGUCAACCCCAAGGCGGCUUACCGCUCAGCUGAGCUCCACGCUCUCUACCUCAACCUCCUGUCCAAGGGCGAGCCAAAGGUCCAGGGCGUGGCACUGCGAUGCUUGUUGACCUACAAGUCGCCCAAUCUCGUCCCCUACAAGGACCGUCUGAGCAAGCUCCUCGAUGAGACCCAGUUCCGCGACGAGCUCACUCACUUCGACCUUGCGACCGACAGCGAGGUGGUCGAGCCCAAGCACCGCCCCGAGCUCCUCUCGGUCGUCAUUCGCCUCCUGUACGGCAUCAUGAUGUCGCGCCGUGCUCGCAGCGCCACUGCCCAGGGCCAGGGAGCACGCAAGCAGGCCGUCUUGACUGCCCUCAGUGGCGUGUCGUCCGACGAGCUCAAGACGCUCAUUGACCUCAUGCUGGAUCCCUUCGGCGGCUUUGAGGACGUCAGCCCCGCGGACCUCGAAUUUGCGUCUAUUGUCGCUCCCGGUCGUCAGCAGCUCGGUUUCUUGACUUUCCAGCACGACGUGCUGAGGUACCUCGCCCCUCAGACUGUCGCCCACUGGCCUCGUCUCAUCGGCGCGACUGUUGUUCUGGUCAACCAGGCGCAGCGCGAGAUUGAUCAGGAGCAGGAGACAAUUGAGGACGAGGCCGAUGCGGACGACGAGGAGAUUGAGCCCGAGGACAAGGGUGCCGCUCCUCUUCGCACCAUCCGCUCCACUGGUCUCAAGCGUCUCGUCCAGUUCCUCCGCUCCCGCGCCGUCGAGUUUGACUUCAAGCCCUUCCUUCCUGUAUUCUUCAAGACGGCCAUCUCGCCUCGUCUCGCCAAGCUCGAGGUGGAGAACACGCAGGCGCCGUCGGGUACACUGGACCUGAUCGCCGGCCUCGCCGCCUCCCCUGAGACCUCGUUCAGCUUGGUCGAGUACGACGACCGCACCCUGCCCAAGACGUUUGCGUGCAUGACCGCCGUCAAGGUCAAGCCCGCAGUCAUCGGCCGUGUGUUUGACGUUGUCGAGUCGCUCCUCAUCGACGACGAAGACGAGGUCAUCCAGAAUGUCCUCAUCCCCAACAUUCGCUCGCUGAUCGACAACAUUAUUGGCCUGGUGCAGUCGCUCAAGGCGGCCGCCAACGAGGACAUUAUGCGUCGUCUCCUUGGCAUCCUCUCGCGGUUGUCGGCGGUCGUUAGUGAUGGCCAGCAGGCGCAGCAGCUCGCUGCCCUCCUGGGCCCAAUGCUCCGCCAGCCAGGCAAGCAGGUUAACGAGAAGGCCAAGGUCAACAUCCUCGUCACCCUCCAGCGCCUAUACGCCAUCUCGCCCGACUUCAAGGAGCCGUCGUCUACGUUCUUCUCGCAGAGCUACGAACUGAUCAGCAACCUACUGCAAACUCUCCACCUGCCCACGUCUCGCCGCGCGCUCAUCGCCGCCCUCGAGACGUUUGGUGAGGCGGACAGCUCGCUGGCUCCGACCAUCGAGAUCGUCGCCAACCUGAAUGCUUACCGCGUGAAGCGCAUGGACGAGCCCGACUUUGACCGUCGUCUCGAGGCUUUUGGCAAGCUCAACGACCUGGCAGAGGAGGAGCUGCCGCAGACGGCCCGCGAGUGGCUGCCCAUCCUCCGCAGUGCUCUCCACUUUAUCCAGGACGCUGAGGAGCUGUCUAUCCGCACGAACGCCAGCUCUGUUCUUCAGCGCUUUGUCACCCUUGUCGGUGGAGCCGAGUCUGGGCUCCUGGUCGAUCAGCUCCAGUUCGUCCUCCUCCCGGCCCUCCGCCGAUGCCUCUUGUCCAAGCAGGAGCUCGUCCGUAACGAGGUCCUCCUCGUCUUCUCCAAGGCGAUCAAGGAGUGCACUGGCGUGCCUGCGCUCGCCGAGCUCCAGCCACUCCUCGGUGACGAGGACGAGACCAACAUCUUCGUCAACCUCGGCCACAUCCAGGUGCACCGUCGCGCGCGUGCCAUCCGCCGUCUGCGGGAUGUCGUCGUGGAGAGCGGUAUUCGGGAGGCUACGAUCGCCAACGUGUUCCUCCCCAUUCUGGAGCACAUCAUCGCCGGCUCGACAGAGGUCACCGAUCACCACCUCGUUAACGAGUCGAUCACCACCAUCGGAGUGCUUGCUGGCCGCCUCGGCUGGUCAAAGUACAACGCCCUGGUGAUGCGCUACCUACGCAUGGGUACACCGAAGAGCGCACAGCAAAAGUUCUACAUCCGUUGCGUUUCGGCCCUCAUUGACAACUUUGCGUUCGACCUGCGCAGCGAUGCCAAGGUUGGCGCGGACGAGUCGGAAGCUGUCGACGAGGCCACACCCGAGGACGAGGCAGCCCCCGCCGCCGACGCUCCAGAAGCACCUGUCGCGGCUUCUGCUCGUAUCACCGAGGUUGUCCUUGCCCGCCUGCUCCCUGCCCUGUCUCACUUCAUCGCAAAGAAGCACGACGAGACUGCUGAUGAGGCGGUGCGCAUCCCCGUCGCCGUCGGUAUUGUCAAGCUCGCGUCUGCUCUGCCCGAGGAGUCUUCUGCAAACGAGAUCCUGCGCGUCGUCACUACGGUCAGCCAGAUCCUCCGCAGCAAGGACCAGGACACGCGUGACAUUGCGCGCGACACCAUCGGCAAGAUUGCCGUGUACCUCGGGCCUGAGUGGCUCGGCAAGGUGCUCGCCGAGCUCCGUACUGCCCUUCAGCGUGGUCCCCAGAAGCACGUCCUCGCGGUCACGACGCACUCGAUCCUGCACCUCGCAACUACAGAGGCUGCCGACCGCUUCAGCAACCUCGACCAGGCUGUCGGAGAUGCCGUCUCAGUGUCGGCCGAGGUCAUCUGGGGAGAAUCCGGACAGGACGUCGCUACAGAGGGCUUCAAGACCAAGAUGCGUGAAGUCCGUGGCGCCCUGUCCCGCGGUAACGACACCUUCCAGCUCGUCUCGCGCCUUGUCUCGCCCUCCAAGAUUGGCGCGAUUCUCGCUCCCGUCCGUGAGGUCAUGCACGUCUCGCAGGCGGUCAAGACCAUGCUUCAGGUCGACGAGGUCCUUCGCCGCAUCGCGCUCGGCCUGAACGCCAACGCUCUCAUCAACCCCACAGACAUUCUCAAUCUGUCCUACUCGCUCAUCAACGGCAACUCACAGUUCCUCCGUGCGAAGAAGAAGGAGGCCAAGUCUGCCAAGCCGGCCGACCGUUUCCAGGUCCAGAUGAAGCGCAAGGAGAAGGAGGACGAGGACCUGUACCCGCAGAACGCGUACAAGUUUGUGUCCUUUGGGCUCGAGCUGUUCAUCACCGCCUUCCGCCGGGGCAAGUUUGACUUUGCGGACGUGGACAUUCUUUCACGUCUCGGCCCGCUUGUCAACGCGAUUGGAAACACGCUGUACUCGACCAACUCGGCAAUCCUGGUGCUCGGCCUCAAGGCUACGGCUGCGAUUGCCAAGUGCCCGAUCCCUCAGGUCGACGAGGCGUUGCCUGCGUUUGUCACCAACAUCUUCAGGAUGAUCAAGAAUGCUGGCGGUACUGCAGAGUCCGAGGUCGCCCAGACCGCUCUCAAGACCCUUGCCGUCCUCAUUCGUGACUGCAAGGCCUCGCAGGUCUCGGACACACAGCUCCGCUACCUCAUUGAAGUCGUCAACCCCGAUCUCGAGGACCACGACCGCCAGAGCUGCAUCUUCACUGUUCUCCGUGCCGUCGUGUCCCGUCGCUUCGUCGUGCCCGAGAUCUACGACGUCAUGGACCGCGUCUCGUCCAUCAUGGUCACCAGCCAGUCGACCCACGUCCAGGAGCUCUGCCGCGGUCUGCUGAUGCAGUUCCUGCUCGACUACCCGCAGGGCCAGGGCCGCCUCAAGUCGCAGAUGACCUUCCUUGCACGCAACCUCGACUAUGUUUUCGAGUCUGGACGCAUCUCCGUCAUGGAGGUUCUCUCCGCCGUCUUUGGCAAGUUCUCGGGCGAGCUCAUUGCCGAGUACGCCGACAUGUUCUUCGUCGCGCUGGUUGCUGUUCUCGCCAACGACGACAGCGAAAAGUGCCGCAACAUGGCUGGUGUGCUCUUGCAGCAGCUCUUUGGCUCGCUUGAGGAGGACCACCAGAAGCGUCUUCUCCAAGUCCUCAAGGCUUGGGUCGAUGCCCGCAACGACAACCCCGCCCUGGCAGCUGCCUCGCUCGCAGUCUACGGCCUGUUGUGCGAGAGCGACGAGGUCGAGACCAGUGUCUUCGCAGAGCUCCCUACUGUUGUGCUUCCCGUCAUCCGCAGCAGCGCCCGUGCGCUUGCGCGUGCCGAGGCGUCCGACGACGAGGUCGCGCUCGAACACUCGCUUCCUCAGCAGGCGCUCAACGUCAUCGCCAAGGCUCUCAAGGCCAACGGUGAGCUGGCCAAAUCGAUCCCAUGGACCGACAUUGUGGCACACCUCCUCUUCCCGCACGAGUGGGUGCGCUUCGGUGCUGCCCGCGCUCUUGCUGUCCUCUUUGCCGGCGAGGAGGCGUUCACUAUUCUUGACGCCGACCUCUUGCUCGACAUUGCGCGCAAGAGCUGUAUCCUCUUCGGUGGCUCCAAGUCGGCCGACGGCGAGGACGUGGUCAUUGACGCCAAGCUCGCCGACCAGCUGGUCAAGCUGCUCUGGAACAUUGCCAAGCACUGGGCCAAGUCGGAGGAGAACGGCUGGACAGUGGACGGCGAGGAGGUCGAGGGCCAGGAGGAGGAGGAGACCGAAGAGACCGAGGAGAAGUCGGCAUCGCGCCCGCUCGCGUGGCUCAUGUCGCGUCUGUCGUUCCUCGCCCGCCGCCUCAUCAUCAGCCGCCCCGCGUCCAACGACACGCUGCCGGGCCAGCCACUGGCGUGGACGGGACCCGUCAUGUCGAUCUUGCGAUGCUAUGCGGGCAUCUACGAGGCGCUCAACAAGCGCCAGGCGCGUGGCUUCCUCAUCCACAUCCUCAGCCCGAUCUACCGCAUCCUCGACGACGAAGGCGACCUCGCCGGCCUGGACGGCGCAGGCGGUAUCGAGGAGCUGCGUCAGCUCGCGACCGAGGUCCGCGACUUUGUGCAGAACAAGGUCGGCGCGACCAACUUCUCCAAGACGUGGGAGAAGAUCCGCCGCCACGUCAGCGAGAAGCGCCAGGUGCGCCGCGAGGCCCGCAGCCGUAUGGCCGUCGCCGACCCCAAGGCUUGGGCCGCGCGCCAGGAGCGCCGUGGCGAGAAGAAGAAGGAGUCGAAGAAGCGCAAGGUCCACGCGCACAUGGACCACAAGAAUGCGCGUCAGAGGCGGGGAUGAGGGGGGGCGUUAGUAGCACUCUGGUUAAUUUUUUUGGUUUUUAUACCCAGCAUUCGGCCCAUACCAUACGACCCGGUGUUAGAGAUG